AUGGUGGGCAAGAAUAGAAGGACAAAGUUCUUUGCUCAGAGGCAACAACUGCCAUGGCCAGCUCCUGCUACAGCGUUGGUGGCCUGCAUCUUAUUCCCCUGCACUGUGGCACUUCGAGCACUGCAGGCAUGCAUCUCCUCGGGCAUCAUCUCCGGAGGAACCCCAUUGCCCCCAGUCACCUUCCCUUGGAUUGCAUGGCCUGUUCUGAUGAUGGGAGCUCUUUGGUUUAGGCACUUGGAGGGAGCUUGGUUCACAUCAGCAGCAGUCACCGGACGAGCGAUUGCGGCUGCUGCCUUGUUGGGCGUUUUAGAUGGAUGUUCGUCAUCCUUGGAUUUCUUUGUGACGCAGGGCUGUGGCAAUACCGCCAAUAGGCAGGGGGUGAUACUGGCUGUGGUUCGAGCUGCUGACAUUCCACUAGCAGCCGGCCUGUCCGCUGCGUUGAUUGCAUAUCGUGUGCAGGUGUCCUACUUUGCCACAGUGAGCAGUGCAGUUCUCUUCUCUCUUCCCACAGCAUUGGGUCUGGCUUCGGCUUCAAUCCUGGCUUCCUUUGGAGAAGAGGCUGCAACGCCACUGAUGCCGCCAACUCGUCUCUGUGGAGACAACCUGCUCUUUGCAGCUGUAGGAGCUGCUGCUUUAUGUCGAGCCUUUCGUUGCGCUGCGGGUGCAUUUCUGCUGCAACAAGCAGGAGUCGAAAACUCUUUGGGCGGGCUUUUCUUCGUCGGAGGAUUCAGUGGAUUCUUUGGUUCGAUGCUGGUCUUGCCAAUGAUGCUUGGCCAGUCACACUUGGCUCUUAAGCCGUGGAGUCCAUGGAGUCCCGAUAUGUGGAGUCCGUGGACGGAGUCAGAGUCGAUGCGGUUGGAUUUCGCAGUGAUGACCGCAGCAGUUCUCUUCCUGGGCACUGCUGACACCGUUUCAAGGCUUGCUGUGCUUCGACAUUCGGAUGCCAUCACUGCAGCUUCUUUGGAUGCUGGACUGAUGCCUUUGGCAACCCUCAUGGCGCACAGUACAGGCAGCACCUUGGCGGAUCGAGGCCUUUGGGUGCCCACCGAGUCCCUGGCUCUUGUGGUGCUUCUCUUCAGCUUCCUGGUGCAGCAUCAACUUGCGCAGCACUCGCGAAGUCAGCUGGAUGAGAAACCAUUACACCAGACAAGCAACGCUGACUGGUUGGCUCACAUGCCAGAGGCCGGUGCUCCAAAUAUCAUCAAGUUGCCUGUGAUGCCCUUUGUGGAGUACAGGCAGCUCCUGGACACCAUUCGAAGUAGCAGCGUCCGGGCUUACAACUGGGCCCGCCCCAUGCCAAGCGCGAAGCACUUCUCCUCGACCAGCAAAUUCCCUUGCGCGCUCUUCUUGGCCACCCGGCAGGGCUCCAGGUCAGAGCGCGCAGAUGCAGAUCGAAAGCAUGAAAUUCAUGGUUCUCGGCCCUCGGGGAAAAUUUCACGCAGUUCGGUAGAGGGGCAGGGCCAGCCUGAUGUUCUCGGCAGGCCCAGCGGCAUCUCCAUUUUCGUCGGCGAUCGACGUGUUUUAGUCAAAAAGCCUGAUGAAGAGCACUUUGAGGCACGAAGCAGAAAGUUCAUGGCUGUCGGUGAAACCGGGAGAUGUGGGUUGACCGAUAAUGAACAGAAUAGACAAAUACGUAGUCUACCUGGGAGGUCAACCUACAAAGGUUUUGGGUUCCAGAUUUUUGUGCCGAUCGUCCGGGAUGAGGAAGUCGUAGAGCAGGUCGUGAAGCUACAGCCACCACUGGAGGACCGCAUGAAGCUAGAUAUGGAAAGGGUUCGACUGUGGGUGAUGGAACACCGGCCAGACAGAGUGUCAAAGAAGGACACCCUCCGCUGCGUGGAACCACCGGUUCUCAAGCUCACGGACUGCACUAGCCUCCUACGCAUCGAACAAGCUGCACGGGGUUCAGCGUGUGAGCACUUGCAGUGCUUUGAUCUCAAUUCCUACAUCCACACCAUGCGCAACAUACCACCGAAGCACGCCUGGUGUUGUCCAAUUUGCGACAAGCCGGCACCGAUCCACCAACUUAGAUUGGAUGCUUUUGCCCAGUCUGUCAUCGACAGCACGGCAUCCAAUGUCACGGAAGUCCUUGUGGCAGACAAUGGAAAGUUCGAGGCAGUGCUGUUCGUGCUGUUCACAGCUCUACGACGGCGAAGUAAGAUGCCCUGCAUUCAGCAGGUCUCCGCUACCGAAGACGACUUACAGGAUUCUUCUGAUGAAGAGGCUCUGAAGGCUGAACAGGCCGCCCAGGCAGCUGCGACGACUACACCAGCAGCGCCUCGAGUUGCAGCCCCACAGCUGUCACAGGCUCCCAAGGGGACGCUGACUGCGUCGCCGGCGUCGCCUCCGGAGCAGCCGCCGACGGCCAAAGAGAAUCAUAAGCCCAAAGAACGGAAAAGGCCUCCGGAAAAGCCGAAGCCUCCUCCUCCAGAAGAAAAACCAGAGCCAGAGGAGACUCGCAUCGGCUGGCUGCCAGAUGGUGCAUCCUGCUCGCUAUGCUCAAAGAGUGUGGUCGAGAAGGGCGGAGUGUACUGCGGUCGGAAAAGAGCUCCAAAAGACUUUGGAGGCUGCUUCGAGGCGAUUUGUUGGAAGUGCAUGAACAAGCAACGUGACAAGAUCGGCAAGAUCAAGACCACAAAAAAUGAGUUCAGCACUCUUGGCCCUGAUGCUUGGUGGAUGCACGAGAAGUGCAUGAAGCCAGAGGCCCCAAGUGAAUGA